AUGAAGACGGACUCCCUGGAAGAUGAGAGACUCAUUUACGCGCCACCCGAUUCCAGCUCAGAUGAGGACGACGACUCACGCCGCAAGCCGGCGCAGAGCUCACCCAGAGUGCGCAAAGGCAAGACUCUGAAACCCUCCAGUCCUCCCACCAAACGUACGGCGAGCACAGCUGCCUCAACCAGACCGAAGCGGCGGAAGCUCAAAGACGAACCUGCGCUUGAGCCGCUGAAGACCCUUGAAGAUUCGACCCUCGACGACCCAUUCCCCGGCUGGACCUCGUCGGGUUCGCAGAAGAGAAAGCCCUCUAAGAACUAUGCGAACCGCAAGUUUUUCCAGAAGCUAGAGCCCAUCGAGAGCGUCGCACAGGCGGAGCCAAAAGGUACUGGUUUUGUAUCUUAUGCUGAAGUGGAAGGGCGUGAAGAGAAGGCAUCGAAAACCACAUUCAUACACGUUGCUGAAGUGCCGGUGCUGGACGGGGUCAAGGGAAAGAUCAAGCAACGACAGAAAAUCGACGUCCCUAGUCUUCCAGCUGAAAUAUCGGAUCAUCACAAAGCGGAUAUUCACAUCCCAGAAAUGCCCGACUUUUCAUCGUCCGGCGGCACUGACAACCUUGUUUCUUUUGACGUGGACUCGCCCCGCGCUGCAGGCCGUGCAAGGUCGGGGUCGACGUCCUCUCUCUCUUCUGUGGAUGACAUGUUUCUGCUCGUGCACGAUGACGAGUUCAAGUUGGAGCCUGAACCAAGAACAGUUGGAGUACGAUGUCCCGUUUGUCAAAAACCCGUGCGAGACACGAUCUCGGUGUUUGUUCCGGACAAUCUCCGCACUAUGCCUUUCCAACAACAACAAAAGUUUUGUUCUCAGCAUCGACUUGCGGAAGCACGAGGGCAAUGGGAAGAAAGAGGCUAUCCCAAGUUGGAUUGGGAGAAGUUGGAAAGCUUCCGGAUACCGAAGAAAACGCAGGAGCUGGAGCGGGUGAUAAACCGACAGAGAUACAGUUACUACCUGGAUGAGCUGGACGCGAAAAUCAAGGCGGCCAAGGGCAACCGCAGGACUAUUCGGCAUUAUCUCAAUGAAGGCUUGAUUGAUGUUGCUAAGCCGGGUUACUAUGGUCCCAAAGGAGCCCGAAUCAUGGUCCACGCAAUUACCGAGUCACUCUCAAAGUUUCUCAACAAGGCAUUACAGUCGGACCCAGCGCUGCGAACAGCGGGCGUGGGCGCAUAUGUGAGCGCUGUGUUGGUACCCGAGUUGACCUUGCAGCUCGUCAUGGAAGACAUGAAAUUGCCAACAGCCAAGGAAGGGAGGAGGGUGCUGGAUGAGAGUACCGAUAUUGGAGUCCUAUUGAACCCAGACGACGACCAUGUGGAACGAAGACAUGAUGGAGAGGAUGAGUGA